AUGUCGUCGUCCACCGCCACCCCAUCGAUGCGCGUUCGAAGCCUCUGCAUCGCAGAACACUGCACCAACAAAGCGUACUCCCGGCAACUGUGCUGUCGCCACGGGGCCAAAAAGCAAUGCUCCGCUGCUGGCUGCACCCUUCGAGCCCGACGGAACGACGUGUGCUACCACCACGGCGCCCCCAAGAUGAUGUGCAUCGAAGCAGGAUGCAACCAGUACGCCCAAGCUAGGCAGCGCUGUGUUCGCCACGGGGGUGGUCGCCUCUGCAAAUCACACAACUGCACUUCCCACGCCAGACUGGGCGGAUGGUGCCAGCGGCAUCAAACCCCCACAACUCUGCCAGUCUCCCCACAGUUGGUAACAGCGGACGAAUCGUCCUGGUGCAAGCAAGAACUCCAUAUUCGAUCGUACUCGAUGGAUUCCACAGACGACGUGUCAGUAUUUGAGUCGUCGACCGAGUUUGCGUCGGCUGUCAUGUAUUUUUUGAGUGGCGACGACGACACGGUGGAGCCUGCCGCCGACCACGACGCGCAGUUCGAUGCCAUGGUGAUGCAGGACGUGUUGGACAUUUUGGUCCGUACGCCGGAAAUUAGUUAUCAUGAAUGGUUUUGA